GUCAGAUAAAUUAGAACAAGCAAUUUGAGAAUCAAUUAUAGGGGUGAUCGACAAGCGGGAAGAGAAAAUGAUGAGAAGAGAAGAAAAUAACUACGGGAGUGAUUUUCUCGGAUCACUUAUAAAGGCUAAUCACGAUAUUGAUGAGAAGAAUAGAAUUUCAGUUGACAAUAUGGUAGAUGAGUGCAAGACAUUCUACGUGGUUGGACAAGAGACAACAAAUGGGUUAUUGGCUUGGAGCCUUUUGCUUCUAGCAAUUCACACAGAUUGGCAAGAGAAGGCAAGAAAGGAAGUGUUUGAAUUGUUUGGCCAACAGAACCCAAAUGCAGAGGGUAUUGCAAGAUUAAAGAUUAUGAGCAUGAUCCUAAAUGAAACUUGAAGGCUAUAUCCACCCGCGAUCAAUUUGUUGAGAAGAGUUGAAAGGGAACUCAAACUAGGGAAACUGAUAGUUCCAGCCAAUAUACAUGUGAUGCUUUCAAUCCUAGCACUUCACCAUGACCCUGAGAUAUGGGGGAAAGAUGUUGACCUCCUCAAGCCAAAGAGAUUAGCAGAUGGAGUGGCUAAAGCAACAAAUAACAACAUUGCAGGGUUCAUUCCAUUCGGUUUUGGUCCCCAAAUCUGUGUGGGCUUAAACUUUGCAGCUAAUGAGGCCAAGAUAGCACUCUCAAUGAUUCUGCAGCAUUAUAGGUUCACUCUGUCUUCGGAUUAUAUUCACAGCCCAAUCCAGAUUAUCACAUUGGGCCCGAAAAAUGGGAUUCCGAUUGUAUUCAAUAAGUUGUAAUCUUGAAUAGUUGCAUUUCUAUUUCAGGCAUGUUUCCUUGCUUGUGAACUUAGUGUGUGUGCAUGUUUAGGCAUUGCUUCUACGAUGUAUGAAUUAUUUGUUGGAAGAAAGGAUAUGCUGGUGUUCUGUAAAAGGACAAAAGGAGAUAAAGGAAAUGACACUUGCAAUUUCUCUAA